AUGUCGGAGAAAGGCAAACAAAAUAUAUUGCAUCGGUUGUUAGACCGAUAUUUCUAUCUUCUUCAACACUAUCCAUUGGCAACUAAGUCAAUUACAAGUGCGAUUCUUGCUGGCUUAGGUGAUUUUAUAUCACAAAAACUAGCUCAAGGUGGUCAAGGAACCAUAGUAUGGAGAAACGUUGGAGCUUACGCCUUUUUUAACUUAAUCGUGACCGGACCGCUCUCGCAUUUCUACUAUCAGUGGCUGGAGAAACUAGUUCCAUCGAAAGUCCCAUUUGCUCCUGCUGUGCGAGUCCUAGUGGAUCGUUUGAUAUUUGCACCACCGUUCCUCUUCUUAGUCUUCUACUUGGUAGCACUCUUUCAGUACCGUGUCUUAUGCGGCAACCUUGUUGGAUUGGGCUGGAACAUUUACUUAUCAUCUAAGCAAACCUCCUAA